AUGGGGGCUGAUGACUUGAAGGACUGUGCCAGCCCCAAGUUGCUCCUUCUGCCUGCUAUGACUUGCACCGCCCUUGUCCCCCGUUGUGUGAACCGCGCUUUGAGGAUGGUGUGCUUGUCUUUGGAGCUGCCGCCGGGCGUCGACAGUCUGCAGCACAGCAACGUGUCAGCCGUGUACGGUACGGUGCAGAGUCGUGGUGAGUUGGCGCAGAACUACUCCAACCACCAUGAGGAUGCGUCGAGGUAG